UGAAUAAAAAUUUAUAAUAGUCAUAUAAAUUCGUAUAGGUUUUUAUAUUUACUUUACUUUAUUCAUAAACGUAGAGAUAAAAUAUGGUUAAAAGAGAAGGAGAGUCUCCGAAUGGAGACGGUGAACAAGUUUCAAAAAAGUUAAAUACAACAUUUACUAAAGAAGAAAUUACAUCAUUCUUUAAUCCCAAAAUCUUUAAUGAAGAUCUUCAAAAUGAUUUGAAAAAGACGAUUUCUGAAAGUCAACCUUAUAGAUGGGGACAUUUCUCAGAAUUAGUGGAUGAUACACUUUUAAGACAAGUUAGAAAUGAAGUAUUACACGAAAUUGCUUUUACUAAGAAAGAAACUGAUAUUUAUAAAGUUUUCCAAUCGGGAGAUUUAGCUAAUUUAUCAGGAUUAGAUUGGAAUGAUUUAUCUAAAUUACCAUCUUUAUAUAAAUUAAGAAGUGCUAUAUAUUCUCAACAAUUUAGAGAUAUUGUUUCAAAAGUUACUGGUUGUGGUAAAUUAAGUGGUAUUAAAACUGAUAUGUCAAUUAAUGUAUAUACUAAAGGAUGUCAUUUAUUAACCCAUGAUGAUGUUAUUGGAUCUAGACGUGUUAGUUUUAUAUUAUAUUUACCUGAACCUGAUAAAGUGUGGAAUGAAAGAUUUGGUGGAUCUUUAAGAUUAUUUGAUUCUGUUGUACCAAAUGUUCCUCAAACUGAUUAUCAUCUGAAAUUUACUCCACAAUUCAAUCAAAUGGCUUUCUUUCAUGUUCAACCAGGUUUAUCAUUUCAUGAUGUUGAAGAAGUAAGAGAAGAUAAAAAAAGAUUGAGUAUUCAAGGUUGGUUCCAUAUUCCACAAUCUGGGGAAGAUGGAUAUAUUGAAGGAGAAGAAGAAGAAGUUGUUGGUAAGUCAACUUUACAAUUGUUACAAUCAAAGGAAUUACAAGAGUUUGACUUUCCUAAAUUAAUCAGAGAUGAUUUCAAUAGUCUUGAAAUUAAACAGUAUGAACAAUUUGAUGAUUUCACCAAAUUCACUCAAGAAGAAUUAGAAUAUUUAACGAAAUUCCUUAAUAGUGAAUAUGUAAACAAAGAAGAUUUAAUUGAACAAUUAUCAGAAAGUUUCCUUAAUGAAUCCGUCUUAGAAUUAAAGAACUUCUUGAAUAAUGAAUAUGCCACUAAACUUCGUGAGUUGAUUAGAGAAGAAGAAUUGAAUGUUAAGACUCCUUCUAAAGCAGCCGAAAUUGAAGGACCUUGGAAAUGUGCCAUACCACCACAUAAACAUCGGUUCUUAUAUAUUGAUGGUAAAUCCAAUGAUAUGGACUUUACCUCUGCUGAUUCUAUUAGAUUUGCUAAUCUGGUUGGACCACAAGAAUUCCCUAAUUUCUCUAUAUUAAGAUCAGAAAAGUUGGUAGAUACUAAAUUAAUUGAAUUAGCUAAAUUUUUGAAAUCUAUUGCUUUUAAAAAGUGGUUGAAAUUAAUAAGUAAAUUGGUAGUUACUGGAGAUCAAGUAUUGAUUAGAAGAUUUAGACCAGGAUCAGAUUUUAUUCUUGCAACUAAACAAGAUGAAGAAUUAUUGUUAGAAGCAACUUUAAAUUUAACUCCAACUGCUACUAAUCCAAAGAAUUGGGAAUCAGGUGAAUUUGGUGGUUAUGAGUUAUGUAUGUCAACAGCUGGUAAUGAUGAAGAUGAUGAUGAAGAUGAUCCAGCCAUUUAUAGGAGUAAUGGUGAUGAUAGUGUUUUAUUUACUAAUCAAUGUCAAUGGAAUUCUUUGACAUUGAUUUUAAGAGACAGUUCUGUAUUAAAAUUUGUGAAGUAUGUUAGUAUAAAUGCUAAAGGUUCAAGAUGGGAUAUUAGUUGUCAAUGGAAUGUAAAUAAUGAUGGUGAAGAAGAUGCGGAAGUAGAGGAGUAGAGGAAUGAAAUUAUGAUGGUCAAUGGUGAUUAAAAUAGAUUAUGACAUAGAUGAAAUAAAAUAUUUAGAUUAUUCUUGUAUAAUAAACAAUGAUAUUUUGCAACAAUUCAUGCGAAAUGCUGCAAGG